AUGGUUGGAAAGUUGGUCUUUGCUAGUAUUUUAUGCUUAGCUAUUACAGGAGUAGUAUCACAACAAUCACCGAAUGCUAAACCCUGUGAUAGCGAAAUAUUCUGCUAUGGUGAUCUCCUCCGACGAGCCCAAGAUGCCUAUAUUUUCAACGAUUCUAAAUCUUUCGUUGAUAUGAAAUUGAAAGACUCUCCAACUAACAUUCUAGCCGCCUUCCGAAACUUAGCGCCGAAUGCUGAUAUAAAAGCAUUUGUAAAGCAAUAUUUUUCAGACCCUGCUCAAGAUUUGGAAGCAUGGACACCUACAGACUGGAAAGAAAAUCCCGCAGUGUUGAACAAAAUUAAGGACAGCGAGUUUAAAAAAUUUGCCAAAGCUUUAAAUGAAUUAUGGAAAGUUUUAGGAAGAAGGAUGAAGGACGAAGUACAAGAAGAUCAAAAUCGAACAUCUCUAAUUUAUGUCCCAAAUCCGUUUGUUGUACCAGGAGGACGAUUUCGAGAAUUCUAUUACUGGGAUACAUUUUGGGUUGUUGGUGGCUUAUUAGUUAGCGAUAUGGAAGAUACAGUUAAAGCUAUGAUUGGAAAUUUCGAAGCUAUGGUUGAUAGAUUUGGAUUUGUACCCAAUGGUGGUAGAAUUUAUUAUACGAGAAGAAGUCAACCCCCAUUUUUUAUCCCUAUGAUUAAUAGCUAUUAUGAAGCAACUAAUGAUCUUAGCUAUGUCCAAAGCUUGCUUUCAAAAAUGGAAAAAGAAUACAAUUUCUGGAUGAACAACCGAACUGUUGAUAUCGUACGCAACGGAAAGACAUAUACACUUAAUCGUUAUGCUGUUGAUAUGGGUAUGCCAAGGCCAGAAUCGUAUCGGGAAGACGUCGAAACUGCAAAGAAUUUAAAUCCCAAUGCUGCCGCAGAAUUGUAUUCUGAUAUUGCUUCCGCUGCCGAAAGUGGUUGGGAUUUUAGCAGUCGAUGGUUUAAUAAACCUAUUGGAGAUUUAUCUAGCAUAGUAACGAAGCAGAUUAUUCCAGUUGACCUAAAUGCUAUCCUUUGCUUUAAUGAAUUAACUUUAGAGAAAUUUAGUAGAAUGCUAGGAGAUAAUGCUAAGGCUGAUAGGUAUAAGCGAGCUAGCGAAGCACGCCGUGAUGCUAUUGAAGGUGUACUAUGGGAUGAAUACGAAGGAAGAUGGCUAGACUAUGAUUUACUAUCGAAAAAGCCGCGAACUGAUUUUAUGGGUUCAGUUUUUCUACCGAUGUGGGCAAAAUGUUACGAUUCUUUCAAGGGUAACGUCACCAAGGAAAGAAAAAUCCACCAAGCCCUUAAGGCGAUGAAAAUCUUCGAUUUUGCUGGAGGUAUACCAACCACUUUACUUCGCAGUGGCCAGCAAUGGGAUUAUCCAAAUUCAUGGCCACCAUUGCAGCAAAUGGCUGUUGCAGCUAUGUCCGGAAGUGAAGCACCAGAAUUAAAAGAUGAAGCUUUCAAAUUAGCUCAAAAAUGGCUAUUGACAAACUGGCGAUCAUGGAAAUCGACUGGUUAUAUGUACGAAAAGUUCGAUGCUGCUAUUCCUGGUAACCCAGGAAGAGGUGGAGAAUACAACGUACAGGUGGGCUUCGGUUGGUCCAAUGGUGUCUGCUUGGAAUUUUUAAGCCAGUACGGUGAUAAAGUUGUUGCCGAUCAUAAUAAAACUACAACAGGUGCAGCAGUUGGUAUGAACCAUAACCAAACGCAAGUGUGGACCCUGCUACCAUUACUUCUGCUAGUUUCCUUUCUUCUUUAUCGUUAAAUGACGCAUAUGCGCCAUUGUGAUGAUCAACAUUAAUUAAACUAUACCUCCGUGAUCAUAUUCCUAUAAAAAUCAUAAUUAUAAUCGGCAUCCAUCCUUUUCGAUCCUUACCACAUAAACUAGCUUUGUCAUAAUUCCCUCAUUAUUAGUAGAUAAAUGCUAUAUAGGUCUAAAAAAAAGUAUAGAAGUGGGCUAAUAGUGUAAUUCUUCCACUUGUAUUUUGAUUAUGUGUUGCCAUGAGCACAAAUGCUAUCGUAAUCAUUUAAGAGCAGGUACUAGACAAGUUACGAAAUAAAAUCUG